GGGGUGUCUGCCCUUGCACCACCCUUACAGACAGUGGAGAUAUGAAUAUUAAAAAUAAACUCCUGAUACAAUAAACUAAUACCACACCUAUCAAAUUUCCUUCUCUUUCCAAAGCUUUGCGAUAUCUCUUUAUAUUCUUCACCAUCAGAUCUUUGCGGGUGAGUUCAUAAUGAUUCGGGAAGUGAUUCAAAAUCUGGUCAUCGUUUAGCCGAAAACCAGUUUCAACAUUGAAAAUACUUCUGACCGUGUGAACACUGGCCCAGUAGAAAUUCCAGUCAUCUUCGAGGUCACAUGACACCCAACCUCGCUUCUCGAAAUUGUUCAUAAUGACAGUUUUGUCAAAAUCAGACAGGUAUCGAACUGUUGAACGACUUUGUGCAGACAUAGUGAAGUUCUCUACUGCACUUUCCCUCCGCAAACCAAAUUGUUGUAAAGUUGUAACUAUGAUUUAAAUACAGUCCUGAUUGUAUCCCAUUUGAACACCACGUUGUUGCUAAGUGAACUAUGCUUCUUGAAAUAUAACUCAAAAUCUGCACUUUCCUUUGAUAGAAACUCGACCAAAAACUUCAAUAGACGCUGUGAAAACCAUUGGAAACUUUACAGCCGUUAAAUAAAUAAAUAUUAGGUGUAAAAUCCAGCUGAAAUUGACACAAAAUAUCAGUGUUUGACAUUGUUGACAAGCAAUUCUCAUUGAAUCUGAAUUUGAAAAACUAAAGUGGAAGCACUAUUGACAAAAUACAUUUAGGGAGGGGUGGUUGUCGAGCGUUUUUCAACUUUCUACAGUGCAUAGUAAAAGUGCCCGAGUUCUUUAGAGAUUUUAGACGGAAAUUUUCAAAGGUAAAAUCCCUUCUAGUUGAUUAUCCCAUGGCACUUGUAUGAAUAGCAAAAAUUUCAGACUUACAGUCUGUAAUUUUGUCUUCUACUCUCCCCCCUAGACCGGGAAAAUGGCGCACGAAUAAUCCAAGAUGGCGGCUGCCGGGAGCCAAGGAGAAAUUCGCAAACUUAGAAAGAAAUUACGACAAAUAGAAAAUUUGGAACGACUGGAAAGAGAUUUAACUGAAGAGGAGACCGAAAAGGUUGAAUAGAGGUCAAAUAUAUCGUUAAAGAUCUCAUUAUACCAGAUAAUCACCUUUAAUUUCGUACUGAUACGAAGACAAUUUUGUCCAUUUUUUAAUAAUCGGGAUCAUAUAAUAGUGGUCAUGGACCGUCAUAGGUUAACUGGAUGUAAAUCUGAAUUUAAAAUACAAGUUUUCGACUUCUACAGACUAGCAGCAGUAGCAGUCGAGGGCUGGUAUUUUGAAUAAAUUUUUGAUCUCAUUAUUACUAAGUUAUGUUUCUUCACCGAUAAGUACCGUGUUCGCAAUUUUAAAUGAAACGUAGGUCCACAAUAAAAAAUAUUUAAAACUCCAUACUCCUUUGAGUUCCCUAACUGCCUAAGCCAGAUAGGUGUAUCGUGUAUUAGAAUUUUAAACGCGCUUCAUGCACGUUGGAAAUAUAGCGAAAUAGCCGAAUAGAGGUUGCAACUUUCCAAUUUUCUUAGAUUUCCAAGAAGUCCAACAUACGCGAGCUUCUGAAUGAAAAACUCCGAGAAACACAAAAUAAAGAUGAUGUGCAAACAAUGAUUAAAAAUAUGGAGAAAAAUCUUCAGAUUAAUCAGGAAAAUAGUCAAAAUACCGCUGAUGUUUUGAACGAGCAAACACAACAACGGGUACCAGUUCCACAAACCGCGGUUUUGGAUAACAAAUUAGCCCAUGAAGAAAAGCCGAGUGCAAACAAAAAUGGCGACCAUUCGGAAAGUACCUCCGGUAAGCCAGCUUUGCAAACACGUGAUUCAGCCAUCGCGAGGAAAACGAAGGGUAGCUCCCCUCAGGAAACUGUGACUUCUAAACCUUCGGUUUCAUCUUCUCAGUCUCAGAGUAUGAAAGAAAGUGGUAAGAAAAGAGGAGCUCGAUUAAAUGAUUGGGAAGAAAAGACGUUUACUACAAAAUGCUUGGAGGGACAUAAUGAUUUGAUUUCAUCUGUUGGUAUGGAAGGCACAGUUCUUAUAUCUGGCAGGUGUGUAUGAUUUAAGUUAAGCUAAAUUCGAGCAACAAGAUUGCUGCAACUAAAUAGAAAAGCUGAUUUCAACGACAACGUCAGUGGGUCGGUUAAAUUAAAAUUUUGGGCAUGUUGCCUCGACCUCGUGUUUCCAAAUUAACAUGCGUUGAAAUAUGAAAAAUCGGGAAAAUGUUCCAUGUUAGUUUGUAAAUUACCAUGCGCUGAAACUGCAGAAAGGGUGUUCAACUUUUACGCAUUACAUUUCGGGCGUGAUAGGGCAACAUAAAAUUCCAAGAAUGAAAUUUACUCUGUUCAGUAUACAAAAUAUCUGAAUUACCAAAUAGUGAACCAGUGAACCUGGAUUAUAUAAUUAUUCAUGACAAUCCAAUCACUGCAGGUAGUGGUUAACCUCUCUCGAGGUAAAUAUACUUGUUUGAUGAAACCUAUCACAUGAUAUAUAUAUAUAUAUACUCAACAUGUAAACACUAUUAAUAUGAAGUGUAAAUCUCCCGUAUCUUCACGGGGAAUCGUUGUACGUAUAUGAAAUGAGAUAUCUGCUCUAUGCUUUCAUGGAUGGAGGGCAUUUUCAACACAAGUUUAUAUAAAAAGGUAACUUUUCCCAAAGUCAAAGAAGUGUUUCUAUGGACAUUUUGGUAAAGUCAAGAUGGCGUCCAAAACAAGCGAACGGACUCUCUCUGAAGUUGAAUAGAUUCUAUUUAUAUUUUUUAUUAAAAUAAAGUAGAUAAAGAAAAUUUGCUUUUUUAAGCCACGAACAUCUAAUUUAGUUUUGUAAGAAGUUCAAUUUUCAAUAAUCAAUAUUUUAGUCGUGACACCAUGUUAAAAGUUUGGGACACAGAUACUGGAGAAGAAGUUCGCAGUAUGGGAGGACACACUGGCGGAAUAACUUCCGUGUUAUUGGUUAAGAAAGAUAAUCAAGGUAACUUGUUGUCGACAGUGUUGUCUGUAAACAUUUAGAAAUUACGCGGUUUUCUGUUUUAACUUUACUUUUACUUUAGGUGAACAAAGCAAUGAAGGGUAUAUUGGCGUGACAGGAUCUCAUGAUUGUUCGAUCAGGAUUUGGUCCCUAGCUGACGGUGAGUGAUGAGCUUCACGCUUUUAUUCUUUCUGUCUUGGUUAAUUAACGCAAUUAUUUUUAUCUAUCCAAACUCUUUAGGCAAACCGCUGCGUUCAAUAUACGCAUAUUCACCGGUACUGUCCUUGGAUAGAAGGAAAGGAGUCUUGCUUUCUGGAUCUGGUAAGUGGAAUAAUGUGCGGUAAGAAUAACAGUGUAUGGAAUUUAAUGCAUUUUUAUAUAUGGAUAGAUCUGCCAUUAAUGGACAAAACAAUUGUCUCUAUUUCUACUUUCAAUGCUUAGAGGGAGGAAAAGUAGAGUUAUGGGAUUUGGAAGUUGGUGACGAUAUUUGUUCAACACGAAACACCGAUGAUGAUGCUGUUACAUGUGUCAAGGUAAGAUUAGUAUUAAGUAAGGGAGGUAGGUUUUCAAAGAUGGAGGCAAUAAUUGAGGCGUUUCCUGUCUAAAGGGCCUUUGGAAGAGCUUCUGAUCUCUAAUAUAGAAAACGGUUAUUGCUUGCUUAUUCCAGUUUAUAACUCUGGCAAGUUGAAGUAGUUAGGUAGGACCAAUGAGUUUUACUAUGGUCGGUAGGACACAGAAUGACACGAGAGUUUGGAAAGAUGAAAAUAGUAUGUGGUGUUUUUAUUUUAGUUCCAGGGAGAGCGAGUUGUAAGUGGUUCAUCUACUGGCACGGUUAAAGUGUGGGAUGUGAGACAAAAGUCUUUGUCACCAUCGUUAUCUUCUCCUGACCAAAAUACAGCUUUUGGAAAGAGAAGGCGGGUCCAUUGCCUGGCAACGACUGAUGACGUUGUUUACUGGGGAGAUGAUGGUACAAAUAUUAAAGCUCUGGACAUUAGAGCAGGUACAACUAGCAUGCAUGGUAUUGGCUAAUAUUCCCCAAAGUUUAUAGUAGGUUUUGUAUCCUUAAACUUAUAAUCCAAUAGAGUAUUUUGUCGGAUGGCGCCAUCAUGGAUUUUAAUGAAUAAGAUUGCUCUGUUGCUAAAUUUAGAGUCUCUGAAAUGCCAUAUUUCCUGGACUUUGGGGAAGAUUUGACAGAAUUCUUAUAGUCAGAAAACAGCGUUUUAGUAUGUCGAAAUUUACAAUUUAGCAGUACUAAAUGGGCGAAGGCGUAUUUAAUUAACUAUAUAUUGAAUAAGUUGCAGGAAAGUAUGGGUAAUAUCUUCAUUCUUUGCAGUUUGUCACGGAUUAAAUGAUAAAUGUCUGCAUGAUUUUGAAAAAAGAAUGAUUAUUAGCAAAUUAUUGCCCCCCCCCCCCGGUUGCUACGGCCCUGAACAUAUAUAUCGGCUGAGGCAGUUGUGUCGGGUUGCAGCUUAAUUAACCGAUAGCACCCCUACAGUUGUAAUAUUUAGGAAUGACCUGACAAACUGAUGUAAUAGUUGGGUAAUUGCUAUAUAAAGUGGAUAUGUACCUUCUGUCAUUGCAAAAACAUUUUUGAUUAUACACAGAUUGGUUAAGUAACCAUGCAACAUAAUAACAGUUGAACUUUUUAAUCGCUAGGUAAAGUUCGAAAAUUGAAGAAUCAUCUCACUGAAUUUGGUUCAACAAGUGCUCUGAUAGUUCAAGAUUCAUUGUUAAUAAGCUCUGGUUACGACCUAGAUAAAGGGACUGGCUAUUUAAAUGGUAUGUGUUAAAUAAAACCUUUCUGGUAUGAAAGUUAAAAUGUGUCUGAUGACUGUAUUGUGAACUUAUUGUCUUUGUUCCCUUUCUUCUGUUUCAGUGCGCACACUACCUGACGAGGAAUACUUGGCAACGUUAGACGACGAAAUUACCAGCUAUAUUUCAUGUUUAUGUUGUACUGAAGUACAAAAAGACGGGACAUUAUGCCAGAGGUUGUGCACCGGUGGAAAUGAGUUGAAAAUUUGGGAUCAAAUGGCGAAAACUAAAAUCAGAAAGAGAACAAGGUGAAUUUCCCAGUCUGUAAUUGUAGAGCUAGUAUUAAAGGCAUAGAAAACACUCGAGUAGAGACGUAUAUAAUUAUCAUUUGCGGAGCCCUGUUGGAACGAGAGGGGAGAAUAAUAGUUUUUGGAAGAAAGUGACCAUAAAAAGAGAAAAGGAUGAAAAAGGCUUCAAACUUCUUCACUACUCCAUUCAUAAUCAUCACUUUAUUCUCCUGACCUGCACUCCAGAUUGGCAAUAUAUCUGUCCCACCCAAAUGGGAGCGGAGAAACAAGUAACUAGCUCUGUAAUCCAUAUCAUAGAAUAAAGAUCCAUAUAGAAGGUUCACUUAAGUCGGAAGCUUUGACGUUUCUGUCCUCGCGCAUGUCGCAUUACGCAUGUUGGCCGCCAUUUUCUGCCCAAUAAACACGCUGUACAAACACGAUGGCUUGCCGGAGCACCUUCUGGCCAGUAAACUGCAUAUUUUUGCAUAAAAAAACGCGGACACGUUGCACCGCUGAGUGGCCCUUCUGUUACUGAUCUUUAUUCUGUGUCCAUAUACACUCGUCAACAAAACAUGCUUUCAUAAUGCAUAAAAAGUGCAUAAACCCUUCCUCAAAAAAAACAUAAUCAUGUUAUUUUUUGUUUGCUUUAGGUCGGACGGUGAUUCGUCGUUCAUUACAUCAAAACACAUAAAACGAUAUAGUAGCACGGAACAGAUCGACACGGAGUCAAGUGACGAAUCAGAUGACGAAAACCGCGACUCGUCGUCGGACGACGAUGAUGAAAACGAAGGUGGGACGACGACCGCCCGACAAUCGUGGUGUACAAUCUCCUAGAAAUCGCACUAGCUUUCCAAUACCUAGUUUACCUGAACUUUUCUUGCUGCAUGCUUUAUGAAGUUAUCGCUAUCUGCAUAAAGUAGCCUGUAGCAAAAUGUGAACAACUUUCGUACAUGUAGCUUAAAUUUAGAAACUGUUUAUAGCAAUGGAUUAAAAACGAUAUACAAAUGUUGUGUAUAAUUUAUUAAAACAUGAAACUGAAUUAAAUAUUAAUUACAUUGAGAAUAAUUUUAUUCAUCCUAACUGAAAAAUACAACCAUGGUUAAUAGACGUUAUACAACUUCAUGUAUUGCGCAUAAAACUCGUAAUAAUAUCAACACCUAUAAGAGUAUCAUAAAAAAUUGAAUAUUGAACAAAAAGCCUGGUUUACUGAUUUAAGGGAAAUAGAUUUGGCUCACAAAAUAUUCUAUUUUACGUAUUAAAAAAUCGUUUAGAAUAAUUCAUCUUUUGGACCCCACAAGUUUGCAUAGAUACAGAAUUCGUCCAUACUUAAUGACCAUACGUCCAAUGCAACAAUUGCAAUACGUCCAAUGCAAAAAGUCUUGGUCAAAUAAGUACGUUUCUAUAAUAUGAACUAUGUGUUUUUGCUCUAUAUGAAAAACCUGGGAUACUGACUUUUAUUAUUUUACCAUGGGUCAUUCAUAUUGAUUUCUCGAAUCAUGGACGUACAACUUGCUAGACUAGCAUAUCUAUCGUCUUCUUCGUCCAUAAAUUCCACCAGAUAACCAUUAGCGUCAUGAAAUAGAGGAUUGGAACCAGCAAGUACCAAACGACACGGCAAGCCGUCGUCGUAGGAAGCGUAGUGACGGAUUAAGCUGGAGAUAUCUGAAAAUAUUUUGUCAAAACCCUAUA